AUGUCGAUUAAAUUGCUUUGCGCUAAAUUAAUAAUGGCUGGUUCAUCAUUAACAGAACUAUCAUAUCCACAAAAAGAUUUCCUUGAGCCAUUGUUUACUGCUUCAAAAUCGUGUGAUUUGAAAGAAACGUUAGAGACUCUGAUAGAAUUUGCCAAAACGGAUGAUGGUCGUGCAGACCUUGGUUCGAAGUUGAUUCUCCCGGUUGUCCUUCAGCUUAUCACCCAUUUACUAAAAGAUGAUUCUGGUUCUGAAUAUCUCUCACUCUCUUUAAGACUCAUAAGAAACCUAUGUGCAGGAGAAGUUGCAAAUCAGAAGUCUUUUAUUGAAUUGAAUGGGGUUGAGAUUUUUUCGACAGUUUUGAGGUCUAAAGGGGUUGGCUCUUCGGAACCAGAUUUUGGGAUUAUUCGUAUAGGAUUACAGGUUUUGGCGAACGUUUCUUUGGCUGGGAAAGAACACCAACAAGCUAUUUGGGGUAGAUUGUUCCAUGAUGAGUUGUAUGUACUUGCAAAAUUUCGGAGUCAGGGGACUUGUGAUCCUCUUUGUAUGAUUAUUUAUGCUUGUUGUGAUGGAAGCCCUGAAUUAGUUUCACAGCUUUGUGGGGAUCAAGGGUUGCCAAUUGUUGCUGAAAUUAUUAGGACUGCAUCUUUAGGUAACAAUUUUGGUUUAUUCUGCACAAUCAUGAUAGUGUUUAGGAUUUGUUUAGAGGAUAUUCACUUCCCUCGACUCUUCUCAAGAUUAUAUGGUGUUGGUAGUUAUUGUGAAAAUGCAGAGGAAAUUAGUUUAAGUGGCGAUCCAUUUUUGGCUGAGCAAGCAUAUCUUUUAAAUAUUGUGUCAGAGAUUUUGAAUGAGCGAUUGAAGGAGAUUACCAUUCUCAACGAUUUUGCUUUGUGCAUCCUUGAAAUAUUCAAGAAAUCAGUUGAAGUUGUUGAGUUUGGUUCAAGAGGCGAAUCUGGACUUCCAACAGGGUCUGCUGUGAUUGAUGUCCUUGGUUACUCCCUCACCAUUUUAAGAGAUAUAUGUGCUUCCAAUGCUCGAGUUGGCAUAGACGGGGAUUUGGUAGAUGUUGUUGAUAAACUUUUGUCAUCUGGACUUCUUGAUUUGCUCUUAUGCCUAUUACGUGACCUAGAGCCUCCGGCAAUAAUCAGGAAAGCCAUGAAGCAAGCCAAUAACCAAGAAGCAACUAGUUCAUACUUUCCUAAAUUCUGCCCUUAUAAAGGAUUUCGAAGAGAUUUAGUUGCUGUCAUUGGCAAUUGCGCUUACCAAAGAAAGCAUGUGCAAGAUGACAUUAGGCAGAAGAAUGGGAUGCUUCUGAUGUUGCAACAGGCCGUUAUAGAUGAAGAUAACCCAUUUUUAAGGGAGUGGGGCAUAUGGUCUUUGAGGAACUUAUUGGAAGGGAAUUCAGAAAACCAACAGGCGGUUGCUGAAUUGGAGCUUCAAGGGUCAGUUGAUAUGCCUGAACUGGCUGGACUUGGUCUCAGAGUGGAGGUGGAUCAAAACACCCGGCGUCCAAAGCUUGUUAAUAUCUCAUGA